AUGACGGUCGUGUUGAAGUUAAAAUUGCUGAUGGCUGGGAACUCGUAUCCGUUAGAAAUAAGUGAUUUGAAGUUUGUUAACAGCUAUGGUCACCACGAAGGUCGUGUAGAGAUCCAAGUUGAUGGUAUCUGGGGAACUAUUUGUAGCAACAAUUUUACGAUGGCAGAGGCAAACGUCAUUUGGUAUCAGCUGAAUGUUACCGGAUGGCGCCUGGCCGGUACAAAUGGACCAUAUCAUGGAAGAGUCGAAUUAGAAGUGAAUGACACAUGGGGAACAAUCUGUUCACGAAGAUUCUAUGGCUGGCCAUCAGCAGCUGUUAUAUGCAAUAUGUUUGGAUUACGAUAUUACGACUACUUUUAUUAUGCAUAUUAUGGGCAAGGAGAAGGUCCAAUAUACAUAGAGAGUCUAUACUGUAGCAGCUCAUCCUAUACAGAUAUAAACGACUGCAAAUAUGUUGCAAACAACUACUACGGAGCAUGUUCGCAUGCAAAAGAUUUAUCAGUGAUGUGCCUUGGUCCGUUUCUGAAUAUAACGGAUGUGCGAUUAACAAAUGGAACAGGGCUUAACGACGGUAGGGCAGAAAUCAAAGUUAACGACACAUGGGGAACUAUUUGCGAUUCUAAUUUUGAUUUAAGAGAUGCAGAGGUGUUUUGUAAUAUGCUUGGACUUAAAGCGGUGAGAUUCUUUACCGGGGCAUUGUAUGGAGAAGGAGGUGGGCCGGUUUAUAUUGAUCAACUUUUCUGUGACAGUUAUGAUGUUGUUCUAAGUGAUUGCCAGUAUUUGUUUCUUAAUGAAUGCAGUCAUAGCAGAGAUGUUUCUAUAGUAUGUAAUGGUAGGUCAUUUUAUUGUUUCUGUUUCUUAUUAAGUCUGAUCCUUUAUUGUUAUUGCACAUCGUUUCUGUUGCUUGAUAUCACAUCUGCGGAUGUUUCUAAAUUCAAAAUGUUACCAUUUCAUGUUUAAAUGUUGAAUUCUGCUCAAGGCGGUGCUAGGGGCGUGGACGGUAGUUUGCACUUUACAGUACCGUACAUGAACAGGCUCAAUCAAAC